AAUCAUAAACUCUUUCCUUUUUCUCUAAACUAGCUCCAACGAUCACACUAUCAUAGUGUAAGUGGGCAAAAAUCUAUUUAGCAGUCGGGACUUGUUUUUUGAAGGCCUGACAAUUCAGCCAUUCAUGCCUUGUUGAUUGUACACGGUUAUGACUAAUUGACUAUAGUGAACGCUACCAUUGACGAGAAGAUUGAGAAAAUGAAGUGUGUGAUUCAAUGCUCAGCAAACAACAUGAUCAUGCCUUUGUCUCCGAUCAACUUCCUGGAACAAGCAGCAUUGGUUCAUGCCGAAAGGGUCUCUAUCGUUUAUCGAAACACUAAAUUUUCGUGGCGUGAAACGCGUCAAAGAUGCCUCAAGAUCGCGUCUGCUCUACAUGUUUUGGGAGUUAACCGUGGUGAUGUUGUUGCAGCUGUGGCACCAAAUAUCCCAGCACUCUAUGAGUUACAUUUUGCAGUUCCCAUGAGUGGAGGUGUGCUUUCUGCACUUAACACAAAGUUGGACACAACAAUGUUGGCUUCAAUACUAACGCAACUGGAAGCCAAAGUGAUUUUCGUAGACUCUGAAUUCGUCGAAGUUGUGCAUUCAGCAUUCGAAACUUUGUCGUUGGCACAAACCAAGCUCCCCAUCCUAAUUCUGAUACCAGAUUCGGAUCAAGAAGUUUCACAUUUCGAAAAACUUCCUAAUGGUUGCCUAAAUUAUAGUUCCCUGUUUGCUAUGGGCCAAAAUGAUUUUCAAGUAGUUAAACCGAAGAACGAAAUUGAUCCCAUAUCAGUGAGUUACACUUCUGGCUCAACAGGGAAGCCUAAGGGAGUAAUCUACAGCCACAGAGCAACCUAUCUCAAUACUCUGGCUGCAAUUUUUCGAUUUGAGAUGAGAAAAUUUCCGGUGUUCUUAUGGACAGUUGACAUGUUUCGCUGCAAUGGUUGGUGCUUACCUUGGGCAAUGGCUGCGCUAGGUGGCACGAAUAUUUGCACCCGAAAUGUCACAACAGAAGUCAUUUUUGAUGCUAUAGAGCUUCAUCAAGUAACGCAUUUAUGCGGGGCGCCAUCAAUCCUGAACAAGAUUGCAGAGGCGCCAGCUAACUAUACGCGGAAAAAUGCCUACAAAGUGGAAGCAGUAAUUGCUGGAGCACUGCCAGCAAUUGAAAUUUUGUCCAGAGUUCAAGAAUUGGGAUUUAACAUCACGUAUGGAUAUGGAAUGACAGAGGCUCUCGGACCCGUGAUUGUUAAUAAGUUGUCCAAUGCAGAGUUGAGUAUGUCAACAAUAAGCCUAAAGUUUAGACAAGGAAUCAUGGAAGAAGUUGAUGUCAAAGACUCAGUAACAAUGAAAAGUGUACCAUCUGAUGGAAGAACCAUUGGGGAAGUGAUGUUUAGGAGCAAUACUAUGAUGUCCGGUUACCUCGGAGAUUCGGAUAUGACUAGAAAGGCUUUUGAAGAUGGGUGGUACAGAACCGGGGACCUUGGCACUAGACUCCCUGAUGGUUGUAUACAGGUGAAGGAUCGCGCAGUGGAUGUGAUAAAGUUUAGGAAAGAAAUCAUAGGGACACUUGAAAUUGAAGCUGUCUUGUUAAAUCAUCCUAUGGUUCUCGAAGCUGCGGUUGUGGCAAGGCCUGACAGUGUCAAUGGUGAGACACCUUGUGCUUUUGUAAAGUUAAGGGAUGAAUAUGAUGAUAAUGUGAGUGGUGAAGAGAUUAUCAAGUAUUGCAGGGAACUACUGCCCCUUCACAUGGUCCCUCAGAUGGUUUUUAUGUAUGAUUUACCAGUUAAUUCAACAGGAAAGAUUCAGAAGUUUGUUCUGAGGGAGAAGACCAGGACAUGCAGAAUCUGAACAUUUUUCUUUCUACAUGUUUUACUGAUGUAGCAUGCAAUAUUUGAACAUAUAUGUGAUAUGCAGUUAAAUUUGGUGUUUUUAAA